AUGGCACAUGAAGAAGAGGACUGGUUCCACGGUCUGCUCCCCCGGGAAGACCUGGCCAUCCUGCUCCGGAACCCAGGGGACUACCUGCUGCGCAUCAGCCAAGUGAAGCCCACCGAGGAGCGCAAGCUCAUCCUGAGCCUCGCGUACAUCAACGACAAGAAAUCGGCGCUAUCGGAUGUGGCCGGACACUCGGCGGGCCUGAAGCGGAACACAGCGCCACCACCCCAGCAGCCGCCUCCGCCACCCCCACACCAUCCACCGGGCGGCCUCUCUGGAGAAGCAAGGGACGGCAUCAAGCGCAGGAAGCACAAGAAGCGAGCCGGAGGAUCCAUGGAAGGAGGGCGAGCCGAUCGGCCUCGUCCACCUGCCCAGCCUGAUGCGACAGCCACCACGAUGGCCGGUGCCAACACGACCACUGCCGCUGUACCCACCGUCAUCCGCAAUCUGACGACCACCGCCACCACAGCCACCACCCUCAACACCGUGCACACGCAAAUGGAGGAGCCGAGAGUUGCGUUGGGCCACUACAUCAUCGUCAAAGAAAAAGACCCGCCCAACCACUACACCAUCGACAACACGCUGAAGGGAGAGACGGUGAGGGAUCUCGUGGAGAACUACCGCACGCGAAGGAUCCCGCUGAAGAAGGAGGUGCCGAACACCCUCCUCGUCACCCCCGUCACUCGCGCACCCUGGGAGCUCCGGCACGAGCACGUCAAAACCGAGACGAAACUCGGAGAAGGUGCAUUCGGCGACGUCUACUCGGGAAAGUUGAAGAUGCACGACGGCGCCGAAAUCGAGGUCGCCGUCAAGCUCGCCCACUCGCAAGCCAUGGACAAGGAAAAGAUCAAGGAGCUGAUGAAAGAAGCACGGUUGAUGAGGAAUUUCGCUCACCCAAACGUCGUCCGGAUCUAUGGGGUCGCCGUCGAGAAGGAGCCGCUGAUGAUCGUCAUGGAAUUGGUCGAUGGAAACGCGCUCGACAAAUUCCUGAAGCUCAACGGCGACAAGCUCGAGCGGGUCGACAAGCUGGCGAUGAUUUUGGAUGCGGCGUGGGGCAUCGAGUACCUCCACCACAAGAAGAUCAUCCACCGCGAUAUCGCCUCCCGCAACUGCCUAGUCGCGAACAGUCUCUUCGGCAGACUUGUGAAGAUCUCGGACUUCGGGUUGUCAAGGGAAGGCGACGAGUACUGCCUGAAGAAAGCGCGCAAGAUUGCCAUCAAGUGGCUCUCGCCGGAGACGCUGACGACCUUCAUCUUCACGCGCAGAAGUGAUGUGUGGGCGUACGGCGUAUUGAUAUGGGAGAUCUACGCGAACGGAGAAGAGCCGUACCCCGGCGUCUCGGUGCCCGCCUCGAAACAGAUGGUGUUGAGCGGCCAACGACCGGUUUUCCCCGAAGGCACCCCUCCCGAAGUCGUGAGCCUCGUCACCGCCGACAUCUGGGAGGUCAACGUCGAGAAGCGCAUCACGAUGACGGCGAUCGCACUGAAGCUGGAAGCCCUCACGCAGCGCAGCCCACCCGACCAGCAGAACUCGGUGCGGAAAUGUGCAGCAACCGCCCCAUCGCCCGCGAACGGCCCUCUCCACCCGGCCCACCCAGUUCCACAUCAGCAAUUGAGGCAAGCGCCAACCAAGUUCCUGCCCAACCCGCCGCACCCGGAAAAGAACGCGCGACACAAGGCUACCCGCGCCCCGAAGCAACCCGCCAAUCCAGCCAUCGCCAACUCGGGCCAUCGUCACAAA